GGAUUAACAAACAACAGAUUGUUCUGCUCUGUGUUCUCAUGGUGCCGCUAGCCAUACCAGACAUUCCAGCCAUGCUGUUGCCAAAGCCGACAAGAAUCGAGCUUUAAGCUGUUGGCAUACAUGCAAACGUCACUGCGACGUCAUUGAAAGUUUGCUCUUUCUUGGACUUCCAGGGUGGCCAUCCCCAACAGCAGGACCACCAUUGCCAUAUAAGGGCACGGCUCCAGUGUCAUGGCAGACGCCCUCCCCCGGACGGGUGGUGUAAUGGAUUUCAAUUCGGAUGACGACAAGCAAUAUUGUGAAGCGGCUCUGGAGAUUGAGUCUUCCCAUUUCAGAGUCAGUCAUUCUCAAGGAGGCCAGGUGGAUGGGGCUAAAAAGGAGUUCAAUAAGAAAAGUCGCUCGGGCAACAAUCCAGGCAGGCUAAAACGAGUCUCGUCGUAUAAGAGGAAGACCCGACAUUUGGCGGUGGCUCGGAAAAAGCCCCAAGGGUCAGGCGGGACGCAGGAUGCGGAAAAGAACGACAACAAGAUGAAUAUUCAGCAGGAGAUGUUUGACACGGAUCCUCAGGUGUUGACGGCAAACCACGAUACUCAACUCGAUGAGUUCUCCAAACUUGCCGAGCUCGCGAAAGAUCACAGCACAAUAACCGAGGUGCUCCUUGGAAGAAACUUAAGACUUAAAGUAGGCUUAACACUGUGGAAGCGACAUUUUGGAGAACUGAUAACGUAUUUCCAAAGAAUCCAAGAUAACAGCGUCUUUGUUGACAUGCUCCCUCUAAUAAGCAAACGCAUAGAUGAUGACGAUGACUCCAACAUCACCAUCGGCUGUUGCGUGGACCUCUUCCCAUUGGUUCGGAAUGUUCUCGCCAGUCCAUAUGAAGAAUACGUCACUGUCGGUUUGAUGUGGAUCCAUUCGGUUUUGAAACGCUGGUGGGAGCAGCUUCAAGAAUGUGGAUCGGCCGAGACUUUUUUGGAUAGAAACUUCCACGUCUUUAAUCAGCAGUUGCUGGGAUUAUGGCAGCGAGAGCCGAAACUGAAAUCUUUUCCCGGUUCUGCAGGAGACAUGGCAAAGGUCAUUGACUCCUUCCUGUCUCAACUUACUUUCCAUCCAUGAAGAGACAGAAAAUAAA